GCUUCAGUUGUCACGGACACCUCGGUGCUUCUCCAGCGUCACGUGCCAUCUUGCUUUAAGUUACCAUGGUGACACACCCAUCAGUAUAAAAGUAAGCCCCCGACUGCAUAACUCUCUCUAGCAGAAAAAAAAAAAAAAAAAAAAAACUCCGGAUUUUAUCCCCACAACACCAUCAGAAACAGCUCCAACCAAUGCCUCUGGACUCCUCGGAUUUCAACUGGACCGUCUCUGCCUUCACCUCUAAACUGACCCCCGCUGCUGACAUAUGUGUGGGGCUCACCAUCCUCUCCAUCGUUCUGCUCUCUGUUCUGGGAAAUGGCCUGGUUCUGGUUAUCUGCUACCGCAGGAGGAAAAAGAUGGCGGGCUCAGAGCUGCUGUGCGUCAACCUGGCCGUGGUGGACUUCCUCUGCUGCAUCUGUUUCUACCCGCUCUCCAUCCUCUCCUCCUUCCAUCACGCGUGGCUCGGAGACAACAUCACGUGCGUUUACUACGGCCUCGGCUGCUUCAUCUUCGGUCUGUGCGGCAUAUUCACCAUCACUGCAAUCAGCAUCAUUCGAUACCUGAAGACUUGCUACAGCUUGGUUUAUGCUAAGUGGCUGGAGGGAACAAACCUCCGCAUAGCAUGCUGUACCAUUUGGCUCGUGGCUACAGUGUGGUCUAGCUUCCCUCUGUUUGGCUGGGGUGAGUACGUCCCAGAGCCUUACGGACUGUCCUGCACCGUCGCCUGGAAAGGUUAUCACACCUCAGCCAAGGAUGCCUUCUAUGUCAUCUGCUCCUUCGUCUGCUUCACACUGGUUCCCAUCCUCAUGAUCGUGGUGUCCCAGAGUCUGAUCCUCUUCAAGGUGUCCCGCUUUUCCGACUUGCUGUCUGCAAAAGGCAUCCGCAACAAUCUGCGGCAUAAAGAAAAAAAACUCUCGAUGAUGUUUUUCUGCAUCAGUCUUGGCUUUGUGAUUGCCUGGGCUCCGUACGCUGUUGUCUCCUUCCUUUUCAUUUUCCACAAGGAUGGUAGGUACAUGGCUCCCAUGGGCUUCGUGUUCCCUGCCCUCUUUGCCAAAAGCUCACACAUCUACAACCCCUUCAUCUACUUCUACUUCAACAAGACUUUCAAGCAGGAGCUCCGCUGCCUGCUCCUAUCUUUGUGGCCCAAGCUUGGAGGAAAUCGAGUGGGUGCCCAUGCCAUAUCAGUCCAACAAGCCCCUUAUCCCAUCCACAUUCAGCUCCAGGAGAGACUCUGCACCAAAAAGGCCAGCUUUGCUUUGUCUAAGGACAAACCUCACAGUAAGAGUAGAGCCAAGAGCAGUGGCAGAGCUUCGAACACCAGUAGCCACCAUUUCAGAGACAGGCAGGUGUACGCAUGCUGGGGCUCCUCGUCCAAGAACAUUUCCAACUUAUUGGAGAAUAAACCUGCCAAAGGCUCUCUUCCUAUCUCUUUAUGAACUUGUCUAUUUCUGUUUACACAAGAAUCACAAGUUCUGUGGCAGAGACACUCAUCCAUGCUUUCAUCACUUCAAGUCUGGAUUAGAUGGCAAUGGAGUCCUGUCCAUGGUACCCAGCAAAGACCUGGACAGGCUCCGGUAUGCGAGAACUCAGCUGUCAGGGUCUCUC